AUGAUUCGGCCGCACCUCUUCGUGUUCAUCAACUGCCUCAUUGAGAACCCCGGCUUUGACUCGCAGACAAAGGAGACACUCAACACCCCGAAAGCCCGUUUUGGCUCCACCUGUGACCUCCCCGCGGCGAUAGUCGACUGCAUCCUCAAGUCCAGCAUCGUGGAGCGUGCAGUGGAGAUGGCGAACAGCAAACUCACGCGCGAGAUCGCGUCGAAGCUGCGCAACGCGGACCGUAAGCAGAUCCUCGGCAUCCCGAAGCUUGACGACGCCAACGAGGCGGGUGGGAAGUACGGUCACCGAUGCACCCUCAUCCUCACCGAGGGAGACUCCGCCAAGGCGCUCUGUACCGCCGGACUCGCGGUAAAGGACCGUGACUACUUCGGUGUUUUUCCGCUCCGCGGCAAGCCGCUUAACGUCCGUGACGCGACGCUGAAGAAAGUGAUGGCGUGCGCUGAGUUCNCUACUUCGGUGUUUUUCCGCUCCGCGGCAAGCCGCUUAACGUCCGUGACGCGACGCUGA